UGGGCGGGCGGAGGGAGGCUGCGGAGACAGCGCGGAGCCGGGAGCGGAACGCAGCCGGCACCAGGCACCCACCGACGGGCGCAGCGGGAGCGAGCGGAGCAGAGCCGGAGGCGCGCUCCGAGCAGAGAGAGCUGAGCCGGCCGGCCGGGCGCCCUCCCCAGUCCCUGCUCCCGCGCCGCGCCCCUCCGGCCAGCAUGAGGCUCCUGUCCGCCGCGCUACUCCUGCUGCUCCUGGCGCUGUGCGCCGCACGCGUGGACGGGUCCAAAUGUAAAUGCUCCCGAAAGGGGCCCAAGAUUCGAUACAGCGACGUGAAGAAGCUGGAAAUGAAGCCAAAGUACCCGCACUGCGAGGAGAAGAUGGUUAUCAUCACCACCAAGAGCGUGUCCAGGUACCGGGGUCAGGAGCACUGCCUGCACCCCAAGCUGCAGAGCACCAAGCGGUUCAUCAAGUGGUACAACGCCUGGAACGAGAAACGCAGGGUCUACGAAGAGUAGGGUGAAAAAUCCCUCAUAGGAAAACUUCACACCAGCUGGGAGACGAGCAAAGGACUCUGCAGAUAAAAAACAAACCUUCUCUUUCUCACAGGCAUAAGACACAAAUUAUAUAUUGUUACAAAGCACUUUUUACCAAGGGUCAGUUUUUACAUUUUAUAGCUGUGUGCGAAAGGCUUCCAGAUGUGAGACCCUUCUCUCUUGUGCUCCAGACUUCAUCACACACUGCUUUUUACCGAAAGGGGGGGAAACUCAUGCCUUUCCUUUGUAAAAAAAAAAA